AUAUUCAUUGAAUGAAAACACUAUCUCAGUUGUCAUCUUAUUCCAUGACCCUGUGUCCUUGGGUGGUUUUGUUUUCUCAGCCCCUCUUUUCUUGCACAAUGUCUAGUUUAUCUGUAUUCCUUCUAGAACCUCCCUGCCCCUGCCCACUGACUCCCAUGAGAAAGUGGUGACUUGACUCCUGGUGGUUUGCAAACUUGGUUUGCUUGUCUUUAGUAGAUUGUAACUCAUCACUGGGAAAUUCUGUCAAGAUUGCACAAGGAAGGUGGGAGUUUUGCAUUGGAGAACCAUCUGAUUAAGCAGGACUGUGUUUGCAUAUGAUUUUACACAGACAUGAUUUUAAUCAUCUCUCUUGCUUAAAAAAAAAAAGUCUGUGCAGGAAGAGGCAAAGAAGCCGAGCUCUCGGACAGUGGGACUCCAUAGUGCUGCACGUAUAUAUUGCUAUCAGACUGUUCCAUGCCUUAAUUUAAAGGGAAGAAAGAAGACGUUUAAUGGGAAGUGACAAGCUUCCUGGAAUUCUCCCUCAGUGAGCAACUGAGAAGCAUGCAUACUCAAUGGAUUUGAUGUUUAUUGGCAAACCCCAAGGUUGGCAGCUUGGCAGUUUAAAUUCCUUUUUGUGUUUUUGCUUUCUCUCCUCAGUUGUCUCUCCCUUGCGAGUCUGACAUCACAUGCAUACCAAUAGAGUCAGUGUUACUUAUUCAUACCCUUGCACACAUGUCAGUGCUUUCUCUAUGUGAUAAUUCUUUACCUGUGGCAUCAGCUGCUGAGGAAAAUUGACUUGGAAUGCUUGCUCAUGGUUGAUUUUACUCAGCAACAGGCAGAGAGAGAAUCAGAGCAAGGUGGGGGCGGUGGAAGGAAUGACAGGUGAACUGUUAGCUUCAUGACCCCUGGAGAAAGAAAAGAGGUAAUCUUCAUUGAGGUACCUUUCAACUGUUAGGUAUGCCUGUUGCCAUGUUAAUUGUGUAGAAAUUGAGAAACGCUGUCAGCCACCCUCACAGGAUUGUAGAGCGCAGUCUUUUUAAACAGGAGUGUAACAUGAAACUUCUACAUUUGCCAGCAGUUGCUGGAGCCCCACACAGCUGAGAUUUGUUGUUUGUUUCUUGACGGUCCGAGAGCUGUCUAUACUCGGCAAGUGCCUGGCUCAGAAAGAGUUGUUGGCUCAGAAAUGCGUAAGUCAUGGUCGCAUUUCGCCUCCUGAUGCAGGACUGGGUGUGCUCGCUGUGCUUGGUUGUUGUAUUAAUUGUCUUCCCUUCAUCUUUGAAGUCGGACUGCAUCGUUUGUGAGGCAUAGCCGGCCAGUGACAAGUUGGCUGGGGUGGAGGUGCUUAGAUUUUGGCAAAAAUAACUUCAUGAUUCAUCAUAGGUGAUUUUGGUUAUUUUCAGCAUGCUUUCAACUGGCGUUGUGGUCUUGUCUUCAUAACCACAGUGGCAGGCAUAAUCAUUUUGUUUUCAGGAAGAUUAGCAAAUGAAAGCUGCCUGGCCAUUUCCUGUUCAAUUUAAGCUAUAGAAAUACAUUUUCCUCAUAAUUUGUGCAAGAAUGUUUCGUUCGUUAAGUAAUUUUUCCUCUAAGUUGACACAUAAUAUGUGUGGAUAUUUAUGGAAUAUAGUAUGAUCAUUUGACAUAUGAUAAUAGUGUGCAAUUAUUAAUCUUUUUUAUGACUCAGCAUUUAAAAUCCUCUCCCAUUAAAUGAAUAAAAUAUUGAGGUUUGGUAAGCAUAUGAAAGGGGGGUGGAUGAUUUUGAAUCUUAGACACCUUGUAUACCAUUACUGCAUUUGUUAUUAAUCUCAACAGUCAGCAUUCAAGAUGUCUUUUCAAAAACCAGCAGAUACACUGUGAUGCUUUCCUUUUAUCUUUCAACUGUGAACUCCCAUUGUAGCUAAAAAAUUGUGAUUCCUAUAGAUCAGGCUUUUAUAUUUUUCCUGUGUGCAAAAUGAGUUUGGGAUUUAAAUUCCCUGCUUUGACCAAGUACCCCACAAGCUUGUUGGACGGCUAGGGUGGAAAGGAGAGUCAGGAAAAGGUGGGAGAUAUGGGAUUUUUUUCCAGAAGAAGCUGAGAAAGGUGAGGUCAGUCUGUAGAACAGAUGACCCAAGUCUUUGGGAGCGGUGUGUCUGCUAAGCUCUGUGUUCAUGCUUCUAGCUUCCCAUUGGAUUGGUGGCAUUUAAUAGCAUGCUUAAUGGUAAUGUCCUUUACAGAGAACAUUGCUUACCUGAGGGCUGACUUGAUGCUUUUCAAGUCUGCGUGUUGGUAGUAGAAACGGCGGUGUGAGUCAUCCAGUCCGAUCUGUUAAAUUGUGAGUCAUGCACUUAGUUGUAUCUUGGUAUACUGUUGCAGUCAUUUAUAAUACUUUCUUUACUUGUGCUAUCCUCUUUAUUUAUUUAGUUUUCUUUUGAGAGGUAAGUUUAAAAACAACCCAGUUAUUGAUGCUGAGUAACCAGAGUUCUUUUUGGUCGUUUUGUUUUUAAGACUGUUUAAGAUGAACACAUAGUUGUAAUGAAUCUUUUAGUUUAAGUGUUGUCGGUACAACAUUGGAGAUAACUUAAUUUUUUUCUCUUUUUUUUUUUCCACAGCCGUGAUUGGGUUAUUAUACCCCUGCAUUGACAGGCACCUAGGAGAACCACAUAAAUUUAAAAGAGAGUGGUCGAGUGUAAUGCGGUGUGUAGCCGUCUUUGUUGGUAUAAAUCACGCCAGCGCUAAAGUGGAUUUUGAUAACAACAUCCAGUUGUCUCUCACACUGGCCGCACUAUCCAUUGGACUGUGGUGGACUUUUGAUAGAUCUAGAAGUGGUUUUGGCCUUGGAGUAGGAAUCGCUUUCUUGGCAACCGUGGUCACUCAGCUGCUAGUUUAUAAUGGUGUUUAUCAAUACACUUCUCCAGAUUUUCUCUACGUCCGUUCAUGGUUACCCUGUAUAUUUUUUGCUGGAGGCAUAACAAUGGGAAACAUUGGUCGACAACUGGCAAUGUAUGAAUGUAAAGUUAUCGCAGAAAAAUCUCAUCAGGAAUGAAGAAGGCAAAAAUAUAUCUUUUCUACAGAAAAACAAGAAGAAAAGGGCAUGUAAAUUAUAGAUAUAACGCCAAAACUUUGGACUGUGAAAUUGCCAGGAAGCAGUUUUUUCUUUGAUUGGUGUAUGUCUGUAUGUAUGUAUACACACAUAUGUUAUUAUUGCAAUCUGUGAUUGCUUCAUCUGUAAAUCAGUUAUAAAACUAUGUAUCUGACCUAAAUAACUGUAAGAUAUAUGUGCACUACAUUAAAAAGUUGAUUAAUAGAUCAAAUUUCUAAAUUAAUUUUUUAAACAUGCCAUACAUUGUAUCACAAUGUUGAUGUGCCAAAAUGUUCUUACCGCCAUGCAGAGUAUAACAGUGCUUUGAACAAUGUAUACACUUAAUGAAAUAAAACAAGAUGAAAGCCAAAAAGAAAAAAGAAACAGCUGUCCAACAAGAACAAAUGGGAAGCUGGUGUUUUCUCUUUCUGUUGCUGUUGAACCUUUUUAUUCUUCUGAUCACAGCAGUGUGACUUAACAAAAGCCUUGAUGUGUGGUUAGUUUUUGCUUUAAUGUUGUUCCAGCCACUUCUGUGUAUUUUAAUACCAGCUGAAGAUGAACUUCCACGGAGUGUUUUCAUAUCUACCUUGCUGGAGAGAACCCAAAGACUCAUUUUCUGUUUCAACAGAUUUUACUGUGUGACUGAGAGAGGUUGUCCAUGUAUUAAAUUGCUUCAUGACGAAAUUCAGAAGAGCUUAUGUAAUUAAACAUAGAUACCAUUAGAGAAUGUAGCUAGAAUAAAUAUGUUCUGAAAAUACCCAUUGGCCUUCUGCACUACCACAAAGCUUGCACUUGCCAUGCAGAGUCUCAUUACCCUUGCACAUGGAACAGAAUAAGAAACUCUGGACAGAUCAAAUAAAGUUUCUAAUUCCAUUAGGUUUUAUAGUCUGUUGGGUUCUAGGAAACAAACCGCUUUCUCUGGGCUCAGUCAUUAGCGUGCCUGGAUUCUCUGCCUUACCUUAUCCACUAAUGGCAAAUGGGUGGUUACAUGGCUUCUUAUGUAUACACAUGUCCGUUAGUGAAUAAUUCAAGUCUGCUUAAGAAUGAAUGUUUAAGAUGGCUUUCAGUGCAUGAUAAAGAUCUUGGUAACAAUUCUGGGCACAUCUUUCCACCAACUAGCCCAUUUUGAAGUAUGGUUUAGACAUAUUCUUUGCUAAUUUGUCAUCCCAGUUUUUAUUUUUGUAGCUGGUGACACUGCCUGAGGCACAAGGGCAGAAUCUCCUGAGUAUUUUGGUGUGUGUGCGUGUGCGCACAUGUGGGCGCUGUGUGUGUGAGUGUGUGUAAGAGAGAGAAUGAGCAUGCGCUAAGGAUGUGCAUGUACCCAUGCUUUCCUGGAUUGCUGACUAGAUACUUCAGGUUGUUUGUGUUUUUAAACAAUUGCUAUCAGACUGAAAUCUUGUAUAUGCCAAACUGUAAUCUGCUUUUAUGAUUUCAGGCUGACAGUGUAAAAAAUCCUAAGAUAGGAUUUCAUCUGGAAUAUGUGUACAUGACCAUAAAGAUAGUGGUGGUAAACAUGCUACUAUAAUUUAUUAUUCUAUCUUCUAGAUAAUGUUAUUCAUUUAGAACAAAUAAGGUAUAUUUUUAGAAUAAACUUUGUAAGCAUUGUAAAAUCUUUAAUAAGUUAUAAGGUCUACGAUGUGCUUACUUUGAAAAUUGCUGUUAAAGCAAGAUGUAUUAAAUAUGUAACUUAUCUUCUUGGCUGAGUCUUUUUUUUUCUUCCUUGUGGUAAAUCUUAGAAUUUAAUAUCGUUGAUUCAUGAUUAAUAAAAUUAACAUGUAUUAAUCUAA